CUAGAAAACAACCCCGAAGUAAUGACCACGCUCCUCCACAACCUCGGCCUCUCCCCCACCCUCUCCUUCCACGACGUCUACUCCAUCUCCGACCCAGACCUCCUCUCAUUCGUCCCCCGCCCCGCCCACGCCCUGCUCCUCGUCUUCCCCGUCUCCUCGUCCUACGAGUCCCACCGCCGUACCGAAGACGCCUCCUUACCCACCUACAGCGGAUCCGGCCUCCUCGAAGAUGUAAUAUGGUAUCGACAAACGAUCGGCAACGCGUGUGGACUCAUUGGAUUACUGCAUGCUGUUUCGAACGGCGCGGCGAGGGGGAUGGUGCAACCGGGCAGCGAACUAGAGAAAUUCAUCAACGCGGCUGUGCCUCUCUCCCCUGCAGAUCGCGCGGCACUCAUUGAGAACUCCGACGUCCUAGCCAACGCUCACGCUUCCGCUGCCGCGACGGGUGACACCGUGCCGCCGGAAGCGGGAGACGAUGUGGAUUUACAUUACGUGUGUUUCGUCAAGAGUGAGAAGAGCGGGAAAUUGUGGGAAUUGGAUGGACGGCGUAAAGGGCCGUUGGAUCGCGGGGUGCUGAGCGAGGGGGAGGACGUGUUGAGUGAAAAGGGACUAGAUGUGGGCGUGCGGGCGUUUUUGAAGAGGGAGGAGGAGGCGAGUGGAGGGGGGGAGUUGAGGUUUAGUUUGAUUACUUUGGCGGAGGGGUUGGAUUGA